AUGACAUUAAAUUGUAGAAAACUAUUUUUUAAUAUUAUUGCUAUUGCUUUUGUUAUUCAAAUAUUACAAUUCACCAUUGAAAGUGAUGCUUUUACACUUCAACGUCCUGCAUAUUUUUUUCAAAAAAAACCUAAAUUUAUUUCAAAUGAAAAUUUUCAACAAAAGCCAAAUAAAUUUAAUUUUUUUGACAAUCGAUUUAAAUCAAAAUUUAUGUUUAAAAGAAUGACACCAUGCUACUAUAGUCCAAUACAAUGUCUUGUUAAAUGA